GGGCACGAGGGAAGUGGCGGGCGGGGACUGACGGGGGGCGUGCAGGUGUGCCGACCGGCCGCAGGUUGCGGGCAUGGCUGAGGCCAGGAAGAGGCGAGAACUGCUUCCCCUGAUCUACCAGCAUCUACUGCAGGCGGGCUAUGUGCGUGCGGCGCGUGAAGUGAAGGAGCAAAGCGCCCAGAAAAGUUUCCCGACUCAGCCUGUAACCCUUCUGGACAUCUAUACGCACUGGCAACAAACCUCAGUGAUUGGCCAGAAGAGGAAAGCAGAGGAAGAUGCAGCACUGCAGGCCAAGAAGACCCGUGUGUCAGACCCCAUUAGCAGCUCGGAGAGCUCAGAAGAGGAGGAGGAGGCAGAAGCCGAAACCACCAAAGCUGCCCCCAGACUAACAUCUAUCAACUCCUCAGCUGUGGAGGCAGUUUUGCCAUCAAGCAUGAAAGAAAAGGCCAAGGCAAAGACCAAGAACGUCAACAAGACAGUGAACUCCACACCACACCCUGCCUCUGGGAAGACAGUGGCCCACCUCCUCUCUGGGAAGUCACCCAGAAAGUCGUCAGGGCCCUCGGCAAAUACCAUUCUGGUCUCAGAAACUGAGGAGGAAGGCAGCGUCCCGGCCCUCGGAACCACUGCCAAGCCUGGAAUGGCAUCGGCAGGCCAGGUCGCCAGCUCCAGUGAGGACACCUCUAGCUCGAGUGAUGAGACGGACAUGGAGGCGAAACCCUCAGUAAAACCACCACAGGUCAAAGCCUUCCCAGCCCCUGCCAAGGAAUCUCUAGGAAAAAGGGCAGCUCCGACUCCUGGGAAGGCAGAGAAUGUGACACCUCAAGUCAGAGGAGGUGCCCAGACCUCAGCUGACAAGGCCAAGAAGCCAGAAGAGGACUCGGAGAGCAGUGAGGAGGGGUCUGAGAGUGAGGAAGAGGCCCCUGCGUGGAAACCCGGCCAGGUGAAGGCCUCAGAGAAAAUUGUCCAGGUCAGAGCUACCUCAGGUCCUUCCAAGGGGACCCUUGUGAAAGGGGGCACCCCAGCUCCUCCCGGGAAAGCAGGGCCUGCAACCGCCCCGGCCAAGGCAGGGAGGCAGGGGGAGGACUCGGAGAGCAGCAGCGAGGACUCGGACAGUGAAGAGGAGGCACCAGCUGCAAAGACCCCGCUUCAGGCAAAGCCGUCUGGGAAAACCCCACAGGUCAAAGCUGCCUCAGCCACUGCCAAGGAGUCCCCCAGGAAAGGAGCCACCCCAGCAGCCCCUGGGAAGGCAGGGCCUGUGGCUGCCCAGGCCAACGCAGGGAGGCGGGAGGAGGACUCGGAGAGCAGCAGCGAGGAGUCGGACAGUGAAGAGGAGGCACCAGCUGCUAAGACCCCGCUUCAGGCAAAGCCGUCUGGGAAAACCCCACAGGUCAAAGCUGCCUCAGCCACUGCCAGGGAGUCCCCCAGGAAAGGAGCCACCCCAGCAGCCCCUGGGAAGGCAGCGCCUGCGGCUGCCCAGGCCAAGGCAGGAAGGCAGAAAGAGGACUCGGAGAGCAGCAGCGAGGAGUCGGACAGUGAAGAGGAGGCACCAGCUGCCAAGACCCCGCUUCAGGCAAAGCCGUCUGGGAAAACCCUCCAGGUCAAAGCGGCCUCAGCCACUGCCAAGGAGUCCCCCAGGAAAGGGGGGACCCCAGUUCCCCCUGGGAAGGCAGUGCCUGCGGCUGCCCAGGCCAAGGCAGGGAGACAGGAGGAGGACUCGGAGAGCACCAGCGAGGAGUCGGACAGUGAGGGGGCAGCGCCAGCAGCAGUGCCUGUUACCACAAACCCGGCUCAGGCAAAAUCCUCGGGGAAAGUUCUCCAGAUCAGACCUGCCUCAGGUCCCACCAAGGACACCCCUCAGAAGACAGGUCCUGCAGCCACCCAGGUCAAGAUCGAAAGGUCCAAGGAAGACUCGGAGAGCAGUGAGGAGGAGUCAGACAGUGAGGAGGAGGCAUCAGCAGCCAUGACUCCAGCCCAGGUAAAACUGGCUGUGAAAACUCCUCAGGCCAAGGCCUCCCCAAGGAAGGGCAUCCCUGUCACCCCUGCAUCUGCCAAGGUCCCCCCAGUGCGAGUGGGCACACCAGCCCCCUGGAAAGCAGGAACAGCAAAUUCGCCAGCCUGCACGUCAUCCCCAGCUGUGGCCAGGAGCACCCAGAGGCCAGAGGAAGACUCGUCAAGCAGCGAGGAGUCAGAGAGUGAGGAGGAGACAGCUCCUGCCACAGCAGGGGGACAGGUGAAGUCUGUGAGGAAAAGCCUCCCAGCGAAAGCUGCCUCAGCACCCACCAAGGGGCCUUCAGGGCAAGGGACCACCCCGGUACUCCCUGGGAAGGCAGCGCCUUCUGUGGCCCAGGUCAAAGUUGAGACGCACGAAGACUCAGAGAGCAGUGAGGAAGAAUCAGAUGGCAAGGAGGCUGCUCCAGCACAGGUGAAGACCUCAGCAAAAACCCCUCAGACCAAAGCCAACCCAGCUUCUUCCAGAGUGGCUUCAGCCAAAGGGGCAGCAUCAGCUCCCGGGAAAGUGGUAAAGCCACCAGCAAGAACCUCCCAGACCAAUGCUGUCUCAGUGAAGGGACAGGUGUCCAUGCCAGCUAUGGGGAAGGCAGUGGCCGGAGCAGCCCAGGCCCAGCCAAAGCCAGUCAAGGAAGACUCGGAUAGCAGUGAAGAGGAAUCAGACAGCGAGGGGGAGGCGCCUGUUCAGGUAAAGCCCUCAGGGAAGACCAGGAAGAUCAGAACAGCCUCAGUCCCCACCAUGGGGUCCCCCAAGAAAGGGAUUGCCCCAGCGGCCUCUGGGAAGAUAGGACCCACAGCCACACAGGCUAGGAAGCAGGAGAAGGACUCAGAGAGCAGCAGCGAGGAGGAGUCAGACAAUGAGAAAGAGGCGCCAGGAGCUGUGACUCCAGCCCAGAAAGAGGGUAGCUCCAAAACCGUCAAAACCAAGAUCCUGGGCCCAGCAUCCCAAGAAAAGAACGCCGAGGCGUCCUCGGAGAGCAGUGAUGAGGAGCUGCCGGCGAGCCAGGUGAUUAAAACCCCUCUGAUUUUUAUCGAACUUAAUCGUAGUCCAGCUGUCCCAGCUGCUACCCCUACGCCAGCCCAGGCUGCGAAUACCCCGAAGAAGGCCCGGGCCUCGGAGAGCACAGCCAGGAGCUCCUCCUCAGAGAGCGAGGAUGAGGAUGUGAUCCCCGCUACGCAGUGUUUGGCUCCUGGCAUUAAAACCAACAUGGUGGCCGCGCCCACUGCCCACCCAAAGACAGCCCUCAGAACCAGCAUUGUUGGGGCCAGCAGCAAUGAAGAGUCCAGUCGAGUGCCAAAAGGCAAGAAACAGGAGGCACCAGCCGCUCAGGUGACAAAGAGGAAUCUGGCUCACCUCCCGCUGACCCAGGCUGCCCUGAAGGUCCUUGCUCAGAAAGCCAGUGAGGCUCAGCCUCCUGCUGCCAGGACCCCGUCUUCAAGUGGGAUUGACAGUGCUCUGGGAAUACUCCCUGCGGCAAGUCCCAAGAGCACCCCUUCGCAGGCCAAAGUGACCAACAAGCUCAGAACACCCGAGGUUCCUGUGGUUCCGCGGGCCACAGCCCCUCCCUCGGGACGCACCAAAGCCAAGGCCUCUGGGACCUCAGAUGACAGUGACAGCAGCGGCAGCUCUUUGGGGAGCAAGGAGGAUGCUAAAAGGCCCCAGAUGGCCCCGUUGGCCCCCAGGCUGGUAGGUCCAGCACCCUCCAGGAAGGAGACCUUGGUGGAGGAGACCACAGCAGAGUCCAGUGACGAUGAGGUGGUGGCACCUUCCCAGUCUCUCCUCUCAGGUUAUGUGACCCCUGGGCUAACUCCAUCCAGUUCCCAGACUGCAAAGGCUAUUCCCAAGCCAGCCCCCAACCCCUCGGUUUCCUCUGCUCCGGCCACCAAAGAUGCCCCAGAUGGUAAGCAGGAAGUGGAGCCCCAGCAAACAUCAGGCACCUUGUCCCCUAAAACAGGCAGACAAGAGGCUAGCACCACACCUCAGAAGCCCCAAAAGCCGAAGAAGGGGGCUGGGAGCCCCCAAGCCUCAACACUAGCACUGCAUAGCGACCUCACCCGGCGCCUCCUGAGUGAGCCCUGGCCCCUGAGCGAGGCCCAGGUCCAGGCCUCGGUGGUAAAGGUCCUGACGGAGCUGCUGGAACAAGAAAGAAAGAAGGCCAUGGAUGCCGCCAAGGAGAGCAGCAAGAAGGUCCGGGCGGGCCACAAGCGGAAGCUGUCAGGAGACCAGGCAGUUGUCAAGGCCUCUAAAAGCAAGAAAAAGAAGCAGCUGGUGGCUAGGGAAGGUGGAGGGGAUGCUAUUUCCCCAGAAAAGGCCCCCAGGACUACCAAGGGGAAAUCUAAGAGAGACACAACAAGUGGUAACAACAAGGAGAAGAAGGAGAAAGAGUCUCCUGCCUCCCAUGGGAUCAAGGAGAAGCCAGAAGGGAAGCCAGAGAUGGCGAAGGUUGACAGUGGAGACCAAACCAACCCAAAGAACAAGAAGGAGAAAAAGAAAUCUGACAAGAAAAAAAAAGAUAAGGAAAAGAAAGAAAAGAAGAAGAAACCUAAAAAGGUCUCAACCAAAGACCCUGACUCAGAAUUCCAGAAGAAAAAGAAGAAAAAGAAGAAGACAGCAGAGCAAACUGUCUGAGCGGCACCAGGCGGCAGAAGACAACGACCAGCUGCAGUGUCUGUGCUGGCCCAGCCCGUGAGCCCUGCUGAGGUUGGCCCGAGGAGGAAGAGGAGGAAGUCCACUCACUGACCCUGCACCUGACUUCUCUCCUGACCCAGGAUGCUUCGUAUAGAUGUGUACAGAAUAUAUAUAUAUUUUUUUAAGUGACUUGCCCCUCCCUUCUCACACCAAACAUGCCCAGAGGCCUCGGGACUUUCCACCUCUUUGCCCUGCAGAUCCAGUAAGGCCCAGCCUGUCACUCCUUCCAUGUCCCCGGUCCCUGGCUUACACUGAGGUUUUGUCCUCCUUUUGUCAGUUUUUUCCCCCUUUUUGUGUUUUUUUGGUUUUUUGUUUUUUCCUUAAAAAGAACUAAGAAAAUAAAAGACUUUAAGGAAAGGUCACGUUCCCAAUGCACCGGGAG